GCAACGCAACCCGCCCGACCGCCUCAGAGAAAAUCCACGGUCUGGAACAAACAACUACCACCAAGAAAAAACUCAACUUCAACCCCCUCACCCAACACCAACACCAACACCACCAAACUCCUCAUCAGCCAAAAGCACCCUUACCACCCACAACAACAACACCCCCCUCCCCGAAAAAAAUGGCCGACGACGGCCUCCUCCUAAACUUCACCCUAGGAGGCGACACCGUGCUGAACCCAACCACCACCAAAGUCAAAGGCGGCACAUGGCGGGACCGACUCAGCGCCCGCAAGAUCGCGGCGCACCGCAAGACCCCGCGCGACCCGAACGCGCCCAAGCCCGAGCACACGAGCAAGAACCCGAAUCGCAUUGCCGUAUCCGCGCGGCCGGUGAAGCGCCAACGGACGGACGAUAACGACGCCACACCGAACAACCACAAACAGAAUCAAAACCAGGCGGCGCGGCCGUUCGUCUCCUCGCUGUUCACGAAGAAUCCGGUGCCCCAGAAUGUGGAGGAUGAGAGUAAGGAUGCGGGGGAGGUGGAGGAGGCGAAGCCGACGAACGCGCCGCUGAUCGAUGGGCUGGAUACGUUUACGAAUCUGGGGUUGUCAGAGAGUUUGGCGGCGCAUUUGUUGACGAAGUUGGGGGUGAAGGCGCCGACGGCGAUUCAGAAGGCGUCGAUUUCGCAACUCCUCGAAGAGGAGAGUGAUGCGUUUAUUCAGGCGGAGACGGGGUCGGGGAAGACCAUGGCGUAUUUGCUGCCGUUGGUGCAGCGGUUGAUGAGUAUUUCAAAAGCGUCAGCGGGCGGGAAGGACGGCGUGGCGAUUGGGGCCGGGGCCGCGGGCGGGGAUGCGUCGGCCGUGCACCGCGACAGCGGACUGUUUGCCAUUGUGCUGGCGCCCACGCGCGAGCUGUGCAAGCAGAUCGCCGUCGUGUUGGAGGGCUUGCUGCGGUGCGCGCACUGGCUCGUGGCCGGGACGGUGAUUGGUGGCGAGAAGAAGAAGUCUGAGAAGGCGCGUCUCCGCAAGGGGCUGAACAUCCUCGUCGCGACGCCUGGUCGGUUGGCGGAUCAUUUGGAGAACACACAGGCGCUGGACGUGAGUAAUGUGCGGUGGUUGGUGCUGGAUGAGGGCGAUCGGUUGAUGGAGCUGGGGUUUGAGAAGGAGCUGCAGGGCAUCAUUCAGAAGCUGGACGCCCGGCAGCGGCCCUGUCGCAUCCCCGGGGUGCCGGCCAAGCGCACGACGAUCCUGUGUUCCGCGACGCUGAAGAUGAACGUGCAGAAGCUGGGCGAGAUCAGUCUGAAGGACGCGAUCCACGUGCAGGCGGACCCCGCCGACGAGGACCCUGAUGCUGUCAAGCAGAAGGACGAGGACGAGGCGUUCCGCGUCCCCGCGCAGCUGAAGCAGUCCUACGCGAUCGUCGCGGCCAAGCUGCGCCUGGUCUCGCUGACCGCGUUCCUGAAGCGGACGUUCAUGCGCAAGGGCUCCGUGAUGAAGGCGAUUGUCUUCGUCUCGUGUGCGGACUCGGUGGAUUUCCACUACGAGCUGUUCACGCGCAAGCUCAAGGAGGAAGAUGAGGAGAAGAAGGAGUCGGAGGACAGCGACGAUAGCGACGACAGCUCAAGCGAGGAUGAAGAAUCCGACAACGAAAAGAAGCCAACGACCAAACCCAACGAGCACGGCACCGUCGCCCGAGCCACCGCGUUUUCCAACCCCUCCAACCCUGUGAUGCUGCACCGCCUGCACGGCUCGCUGCCGCAGCACGUCCGCACGGCGACGCUGGGCGCGUUCGCGCGCAGCAAGGAGGCCUCGGUGCUGAUCUGCACAGACGUGGCCUCGCGUGGUCUUGAUCUGCCGAACGUGGACCUGGUCGUCGAGUACGACCCGGCCUUCAGCGCGGAGGACCACCUGCACCGCAUUGGGCGCACGGCGCGUCUCGGGCGCGACGGCCGGGCGCUGCUCUUCCUGAUGCCCGGCUGCGAGGAGAACUACGUCGACAUCCUGAAGCGCGGGUACCGCGACGGCGGCAAGGCGCUGACGCGGAUGAAUGCGGAUGACAUCCUGAAGCGCGGGUUCGGUGGGAAUGUGCAGGCGCAGAGCAAGGACUGGGAGGUCAAGACGACCGACUGGCAGAUGGACGUCGAGCGCUGGGCGGUCGACAACCCGCAGUACCUGGAGAUGGCGCGGCGGGCGUACCAGUCGCACAUCCGCGCCUACGCGACGCACAUCGCCAGCGAGCGCCACAUGUUCAACAUCAAGGAGCUGCACCUGGGUCAUCUGGCCAAGAGCUUCGCGCUGCGCGACCGGCCCAGCAAGAUCAACGUGCCGGGCCUGCGGCAGAGCAGCGGCGACGCCAAGAAGGACUUCAAGGCGGCGCGCAGCACGGUGGGCGGGAAGAAGCGCAAGGCCGGCGAGGAUGAUGGGGAUCGGGGCGCCGCGGAUGUGUCUCUGGCGGCGCAGAAGAUGAGAGCCAAGAUGAAGGAGCACAUGGCGGGGGCCAACGAGUUCAAUCUUGCGUAACCGUCAUCACCUUCUUCAUCACACAAAAGAGCAAGACCAAAAGCAAGAGCAUGUAAAUAAUCGAGAUCGAUGGAUGAAUGCAGACCAAAUCAAUAGAUAUC